AUGGAAUUGCGAGGUUUGAAAAGCUUUCAUUAUUCAAUUUUUCCGCAUCUUUACUCACGAUCUUUACUCACACCGUCGGAAAUCGCAGCACUCGCCGAGGGAGACGAGUUUAUGUUUGGAUCGUACGAGGUUCAAAUACAAAACCCUGUCGAUGAGCCGAAUGCAAAGCAGGCUUCUGGGAAACCAGCGAAUACUACACUUCAACCAGUUCAACCACCAGCAGCAAAGAUUAGUGGAAUUCGAUCGUUAAAGAGACCGUUUUCAAUGGUUAGCAGCGGAGAGUCAAAUCCUACUAAUCGGCAUUUCGUGUCUCCAUGUGGUAAAAUCGAAAAACAUGACGAUUGGGUGAUUGACGAAGAAGAGGGUAAUAUUGGGGCGGGUUACGUUGAAGGACGAAUAGCGCAUCGAUUGAGACCACAUCAAAAGGAGGGAAUCGCUUUUCUCUACUCUCGACUAAAGAAUGAAUGUGGAGGCGCGAUCUUGGCUGAUGAGAUGGGAUUGGGGAAAAGCAUUCAAACGAUUGCCACAUGCUUAGCGCUCUUGAAAAACAAGAGUUUGAAAAUCGAUAAGAUUCUGAUUGUUGUCCCGUCUUCGCUUGUUGAUAAUUGGAUUUCCGAGUUUCGCAAAUGGUUUCCGUAUGGAAAAUUUCCGGCUGAGGCGAUUCGAAAAGUUUCCGAUUUACGAAGACAUUUGUCUUAUUUGAUCACGCCGUUUAUUGUGUGCAGCUAUGAUAUGGUUCUACGUUACGCAAGACAUUUGUUUGCCAUCGGCUUUGAUGUUUUGAUUUGCGACGAAGCGCAUCGUUUGAAAAAUAGCAAUUCAAAAAUACGGAUUAUGCUCGAAAAUAUGAAUAUUCAGAGGCGUGUACUGUUAACAGGAACUCCACUUCAAAAUGAGCUUGCUGAACUCUACUCGUUGCUCGAUUUUGCUGCUCCGGGAAAAUUUGGUACUCCGGCAGAGUUUAUGACAUUAGUUGAGCAGGGUGAUUGCAACGAGCUUUUGGAUGAAAUAAUGCUACGACGAGGAGCGAAUGUUAAUUCGAAAUCAUUGCCGCCAAAACAUGAAUACAUUCUUUAUUGUCGUCCAUCGAAUCUUCAAAUGAAACUAAUGGAAGCGCUUUGUGAGGACAUGUUUGCUGAUCCUUUGACCACGAUUUUACACCUUCGCACCGUCGCCAACCAUCCAUCUUUGUUUUUGCAGAAGAGCUUAGAGAUUGAAUCGAAGCCAAAACUACGAGAAAUCAUAGUCGAGGCUUCUAAAGCGAAACAAGCAUUCACUCAAAAUUCAGGAAAAUUGAUGGUACUGGGCUCGCUGAUGGAGGCUUUUGCUCAGGCUAAAGAAAGAGUUAUUGUGUUUAGCAACUUUACACAGACGCUCGAUAUGCUCGAGAGUUUUUGCCAAAAUCUUGCUUAUGAAGUGCUUCGACUGGAUGGAGCUGUUGCGACAAAAGAUCGUCAGAAAGUUAUUAAGCAAUUCAACGAAAGCAAGUACUACAACACGGUGCUUCUUGUGUCAACGAAAACGGGCGGGACUGGACUAAAUUUGAUCGGUGCUUCUCGUCUUGUUUUGUUUGAUUUGGAUUGGAAUCCGGCAAAUGAUUUACAAGCUAUGGCCAGAAUUUGGCGUGAGGGACAAAUGAAGACUUGUCAUAUCUAUCGACUUUUGCUCACGGGAACGAUUGACGAAAAAAUUCUACAGCGACAAAUCAAGAAAACGGGCUUACAUACGAUUUUCGAUCCUGAGGCUCAAAGUGCCGAAUGCAAAUUUCGAGAUGAGGACUUGAUGGAGAUAUUUGAGUUGAGUGGUGAUGCGGAAUCGAAUACGCAUCGUUUGCUAGAGUGUGACUGCGGUGGUGAUGGGACGACAAUCGAAGAACGAGAAGAUGAAGACGAAUUGGAGGAGGAACAAGAAGACAUUGAUGAUGAGGAAGAAAAGGAGAAUGAGAACGAAAAUGAAGAAUUGGAUGGGGAUCGAGAAGACCAUGAACCAGAAAAGGAUGGGAAUGAGGAAGCGCACGGUAACGGUGAUGAAACGACGCAAGAUGGGACUCCAAAGGUGUCGAUGGGUGAACUGAAUGCCUGGCGGCACUACUCACCAGAAAGCCCCGCAUUUCCUCUCUUUCUUCGUUCAGCUGGUUUCGACCCGGAGAUCCCACCCGAAUCCCUCACUUUUGCCAUGCAUUACACAUCGACUUUC